AGCAAAGCCUGCUGAGCACUAGGAUUCCCGAGGCACCUCUUAGUGGCCCAAACCAAUUAGUCGCCCUUGGGAAUAAUUAACAUAGGAAGUUUUCUGUCUCCUCCAUGAGGGCUCUACAAAGCAAAUUAUUUAUAUGAAGUGUUCAGAACAGAAGAGGAAGAAAAAAUAAAAUCUCAAGGACAAGAUGUUACAUCGUCAGUAUAUUUUAUGAAGCAAACCAUCAGCAAUGCCUGUGGAACGAUUGGCCUAAUCCACGCCAUUGCGAACAACAAAGACAAGAUGCACUUUGAAUCUGGAUCAACAUUGAAAAAAUUCCUGGAAGAGUCUGUGUCAAUGAGCCCUGAAGAAAGAGCCAAAUACCUGGAGAACUAUGAUGCUAUUCGGGUUACUCAUGAAACCAGUGCACAUGAAGGUCAGACUGAGUCCUCCUCGCCAUCCUCAUCACAGCCUCAUUCUAGCCACUGCAGAGCGAAGGCCUCAUCCUUGUGCCAUCAUGCAUCCCUGGCCUGGGUCAAACGUAACCAUGUAGGCCCUGCAAAGGCUACCAGUCCAUCUCUCCGUCUCCGUCGCUGGCGACCCUUCUUACGCCUGCCAUCUUUGGGUCUCCAUUCUGUUGCUCCAAGUAUAGAUGAAAAAGUAGAUCUUCAUUUUAUUGCAUUAGUUCAUGUAGAUGGGCACCUCUAUGAAUUAGAUGGACGGAAACCGUUUCCAAUUAACCAUGGGAAAACUAGUGACGACACAUUGUUAGAGGAUGCCAUAGAAGUUUGCAAGAAGUUCAUGGAACGCGACCCCGAUGAGUUAAGAUUUAAUGCAAUUGCUCUCUCGGCAGCAUAGCAUCUCGACAGAAACACCACAUACUGUAUUAUUUGCAACAAAAGUUAAAUUUCUGAUGCCAUAACUAACUCAAAAUUUUUAAUAUUUUCAUUAACUUGACUGAUUAAACUUUAUGUGAAUAAACUUUGACUUUACCUCUGUUCUGUGUUGCUUUUGAUGCAG